UCCUGCAGACUGUUGUGUUCGCGGCAGAAAUGGGUAAUGAUACAUAACGACAGAAUAGUAGGAAUUAACUGAAUUAUAAAGCUCUUAAAGAAGAUGAGACGGCAGAAUUCUCGAGGUUCAGACGUAUUUGAAGAAGAAGGAACAGGCAGGGUUCAAGUUUAUGUCAGGAUUCGUCCUCUGGUUGAGAGUGACGUCAGAAGCUUGGAUGGAAAAGGAGCAGUUAGCGCGGAAAAUGAUAACCUGACUCAGGUUCAUGUGAUGGAUGGUAAGAGAGAGAAAAUCUUUCAAUUUGACCAAGUAUUACCACCAGAUGCCGAAAACGAUGAGGUGUAUCAGGUUGUUGGUAAGCCCUUGGUGGAAGCCUCCAUGACCGGCCUAAAUGGGAUUUUGAUGGCAUACGGACAAACUGGAGCAGGUAAAACACACACCCUAAUGGCUACAGACGGAUUAACAACCAGUGUCGUAUCGCAUAUGUUCGCUCUGAUCGAUAAAGACGUUGCACAUUCAUACGCGGUGACAUGUUCCUACUUGCAGAUAUACCAGGCACGAGUUUACGAUUUGCUAGGCUCUGAAAAAUCCGGGACGGAAGUUUACUUGAGAGAACAUCCUAAAAAAGGAGUUUACGUGGAUAACUUAUCUGAAUACUUUGUCAAGAGUCCAGAGGAGAUUUGUAAAUUGUUGAAGUCUGGCAAAAAGAAACUUGCCAUUGCCGAGACUAAAAUGAAUCGACACUCCAGCAGAUCUCAUGCCGUUUGUCUACUUAAAAUCGAAAGGCUAAGUGUUCCACGUCGCUAUGGAGGAAUAACAGACUCCUUUAGUAGUUACGAGUCUUAUUAUAUAUCAGGAACCUCAGACACAGAGUAUUCAAGUGAAAGCGGCUCUGUGGAAGGCUUAGGUUCUUCUGAUCACUUCGAUGAGGAUGAAGAAAUGCUUUCGAAAAUUUCAUCUCAAACUUAUGGUUUAGCCGCGGUCAGAGGAAAACUUUACGUCUGCGAUCUAGCAGGAAGUGAGAGGGUGAAGAAGACCAAGGCUGAAGGAGAACGACUCCAAGAAGCACAGAGUAUCAAUUCCUCUCUUCUGGAGCUGGGGAAUGUGAUUCAAGCUUUAGCUGAAGGCACCAAGCGUCAUAUUCCAUACAGGAACUCAACACUAACAAGGCUGCUACAGGACGGCUUAGAUGGAAACUCCAAAACCAGUUUAAUUGUUUGUGUUUCUCCUUCUUUUCGUGAUGUCAACGAGACACUGUGCAGUCUAAAAUUUGGCCUUCGAGCGAUGAAAGUUCGUAACGUUGCACAAGUCAAUGUCGAGAUUGACUACGAAAAAAUGGCCAAGCAACUCAGCGAAACAUUGGAAAGCAAAGAGCGGGAGUGGCGACGCCUAAAGGCGGAAUACGAAAGUUACAUUAUGUCGCUAGAGGCCGAGAGAGAGACGCGACAAAGACGAGAACCUAGGCAACAAGUGACCUCGGAAUGCCAUGAUCUUACCGAGAAGGCCCUUUUUCCGGCGAUUGUGGAGGAGGAAGCUCUAAGAAAUCAGACAAAAGCAGUACUGCUUGCAGAAUUGGUCUCUUUGGAGUUAUUCUAUGGUUUGGAAGAUUUGGUUCGAGAUGGUUCAGCUGGAAAGGCUCAGGGUGUCACCAGUAGCAAAUUGCACAGUCUUACAGACAAAGAUUUGCUUUUACACAGCGCUGAAACACUCUUAGAGCUUACGGAAUACUUCUUCACAAAGAGUACCCUUGCUAUCGACGAAAAUGGAAAGAACUCAAAAGGUGCUACAUGUGAAACUGAGAAAACGGUUUUGCCAAGCAUAUCUUUGGAGUUAGACUACGGAUCGCGACACAGCACACCGAAUAUCGAUUCCUCGUAUGAGCGAAAAUUGCUUCGUGUUAGAGAGUCACUGAGUAAAUUGAAACGGAAAACUGACUCUGCUGCCCUUGGAUUCCUCUCGCAUCUAUUGGACACGAAACUGGACGAAAAAGAAAAAGGUUUGCAAGAGUACAGAAGGCGAUUGUUUGAACUUCUAAAGCACCUUCUAAAAUCUCAAGACUCUGCCUUAGAUGGCGAUGGAACUCCCGUCGAUCCAUUGAAGCUCGAACAGUCCUUGUGUCAUGUGCUUAUGGACAAAGCCAUUCUGAACUGUCUGUUGCUGUUGGACAAGGCGGAUAUGGAGUCCCGCAUUAGAAGCUUAGCACAACAACAAACGCGGUUUGACUAUUCAGGAAUCAGCGGCAUGACAGCCGAAUGUUCAAGUCAGUCUAGCGAUGACUUUCUUCCAUCUCCAACUUUGUCAGGAACGCAAAGCGGAGAAGGACGACUGACAUCCGUCGACGAAGGGGUGGUACUUGAAAGUUUGAGUGACAGCGCUAACAGCCGCGAGAAACUGUCGGUGCAUUUGGAAAACACAAUGGAGGAGCUCGAAGCCGAAAACGGGCGUUUGUAUGAAAAGAACGAAGAGUUACGAAAAAGGUAUGAACAGAUCGAGGGGGAAAAAAGUAAAUUGACUCUGAAGAUUUUGGAUUAUGAGGAAAAGCUUCAAAGAUGUGAGAAGAAACUAAAACAUUUGAUGCAGUCAGAAACUAAUGCGGAAAAUGAUUUAAGGAGCAAGAUUGAAGAAAAGGAUUUUGAAACAAACGAAUUAUUAGUGCGUGUUGAUGAGCUGGAGGAUCAACUUCAGUUUAGAGAACAAAAGAUGGAAUUUCUAAGAGAAACAGAGAGGAAGCUUCGAGUACAGCUUUCUGAAGAAAGGAAACGUUCUGACGAUGCAGAGGAACGAAGCGCAAAAUUGCAACUCAAAAUACAACAACUUGAGGAUAAAUGUGAACAGUGCGAGCUAAAAUUAGCUUCGUUCACGGGGUCAGAUCUACUUGAGAGUAACAAAAUAACAAAGCAAUUAGAAAACUCGAUUGCAGAGAACAAAGCGCUCAGCCUAAGAGUUUUUCAACUGGAAGACAGAUUAAAUGAAUCUGGAGGCAUCGUAAGUCCACGGACUAGCGACGAGAAUGAAAGUGAUAAUGAUCAGAAGAAAAUCCUCGAAAAGAAAGUAAUUGAAUUGGAGGUUAAAGUGAAAGAACAGCAGGUUAAAAUUCUGAGUGUGAAGGAAUAUGAGCGAAGGUUGCGCGCCGAACUUUGUAAAGAAAUGACAAAAAAGCUUACAAAGGCUCAAACGCGUAGUCGCGAACUUGGCGAAAAAAUCUUUGAGCUAGAGACAAAACUUCGACAGGCAGAACAGCAGUACUCGACUGUUAAAGACAUGGACAUGAAUGUUCGAAGUGCCAUGCGCGGCGACAUAAAAAUUUUAACAGAAAAGUUGGAAAAUGCCGAGGCUCGAAAUAAGGAUGUGGAGGAUCGACUACACCUCUCACAGCGUGAAGUACUCUUAACUAAACAAACCGAGUUGGAUCUGCGUGAAAGAGCUCAAACGCUCGAAGUAGAAAAUUGUAAAUUCCAAGAGAGAUUGCUCUCUCGGAAAGAGGAAAAAAUGGCACGGAGUUCAACCGGAAGAACUGCAGACAGACUGGAAAAGUUACGAAAAGAGAAUUCAAAUCUUUCAUUAGAACUAAAAUCUUUUAGAGAAAACACUUUAAAACUGGAAAGGGACUUACUUGAAAGGGACCAUGAAAUUUUGAAGUUGCGAAAUGAAUCUGUGGAUCUGUCAAGCGAGGUGUGCAAGUUGCGAACUGAACUUGACGACAGUGAGAGAGACAAAGCUCAACAGGAACGGAGCCUCCGGAGAUACGUCGAAUCGGAAGAAAAAUUACUCGCAAAACUGUCGGUAUUUCAGCAAGAGGUGGAGAGACUUCGGGCAAGUGAAACGGGAUCAAGAAACGAAAACGAAACUCCUACAGAAAUAGACUCUAAAAGCGAUACCACAGCCUCGACCUUAGUAAUUGGAGAGGAGCAUCCCGAGAUUAUUGAAACAACACAUAUGAAAACAGACACUCUUUUAAGAGAGCAAACCGAUUUGCAAACCACAAUUGAUGACCUUCAACAUGAAAACUCAAAGAUGGCGAAAGAGAAUGAAAGACUCAUCCAAGAAAUAAAAACUCUUGAAGCCAACUUGUCCAUUGUUGAGAAAACGUUUCGAGUGUGUCGUUCAGAUAACGAAUGCCUGUUGCAUGAAAUGAACCUGAAAUCAGCCGAGGCGACUACCUUAAGGACCUAUGCCGCAUUUUGCAGCGAGAAGGCCAAGGAAAUGCGGUCGGAGAUAGCCGCUCAUAAACAAAACGAGGCCGCCUUAGAGAAGAGAUUAACUGACUUGGAGAGAGAAUCAGCAUUCAUGCGCAACGAGGUGGGUCAUGGAAUAUUAGAUUUUACGGAGCUCAGGGAAAAGAAAAUUUCCCUAGAGAAAAGGAUCAUCGAGGCGAGUCGUACGGUUGAUCACCUUAAGCAGGAAGUUCUCGGCCUCAUAAAUGGUAUGUUGACCUUGCAGAGAGAUUUGAACAUUCCUGUUGAUAAGAUAAUUGGUUUUCUUGGAUUGGAUGAGGAGACUGUUCAGCGCUAUAGACUAAGGCCAACAUCGAUUGAUUCGAAUGACACUUCAACCCGAACGGAAGAAUCGAGUAGCGAAAUUGGAAGCGAUAUCAAUGAGUUGUUUUCAUUGAAGUCUCUCUUCACUUUUCGUCUUCUUCCGGAUAAGGAAGGCUUUCUAAAUCCCUCAGAUGUUAGCAUAAUGAGAGAGAACAAAACUGAAAUCUUACGCUCACACGAGGAGUUGAAAGCGAAAGUCCACGCUAUAAGGGACUCGCUAGGCAGAAAGUACGAGCUUUCGAACUUUACCACUGAUGGAAAACUGGAGAUCGAGCGCAGUCACGAAGUAAGAAGUCAACUGGCUGGUGAUCCUUCCACAGAAAAUUCCAACAAUGAUACAACGCUUCCGCGACUUAGUCGGGCAGAACGUGUUAAGUUGUCUAGUUUACUGUCACGAUUAAAGGAGGAACUAGUACGAGAAAGAAAUUUAAACAACGAAGGUCGAAUCGGUGCCGAUGAUGACGACAUUUGUCUCUUGUAUGACAAUUUGGAGUGCAAGCUCUCUCGGCUAUCAUGUGAGCUUGUUUCAAAGGAAGACGAGAUAGCACACCUGUUAACUGAAAGGUCAGACCUUCAAAAUGAGCUGGAAGAGUGUGAAAAUGGCCUUUCUGUCUGUCACCAUUGUGCUUUGAAAGUGCCAACUGAACUAGACGAUAAUAGAGAACAGCUAAAAGGCAAACUCUUAUCUCAGAUGCAGGAUACUUCUCGGCUUGAGGGAGAGAUAUUUGAGUUCAUGGAGUACAGACAGAAACUAGAAAAAGAACUGGACAGCAUCAAAGGAAAGAUUACUGAUGUGGAGGACGAGCUGGAUGUAAGGAAAAUAUUAAUUGAGAGAUGUAUCAGCUCCAGACCAUUAGUGGACGAAAUGGACGUUACAAACAGUUACUCGUCCAAGGAGGAAAUAGAUGAUCUCAAACUAAGUUCAUCUGGAAAGAAGAGAAAGUCCCAAAAACACGUGACUUUUGAAAACGUAGACAAUGAAUCAGAAGGAAAUUCUUCCGGGAAGAGAAGACGAGAGAAGCCUCACUUGUUGAUCGGUCAAGAUAACGAAGAGCCGAAUGCCAGAAAGGAAGAAUGGCGUACAGUUGACUUGGAUUCCAGCGAACUGGACCUUUGUGAAUUAUUAGCAUCAAUCCCUAUGGACAUUCCGAAGAAACAACCCACUGAACAGGAGCUGGAGAUCACUGAAAUCGCAAAUAGGCUCUCAGGCUACGAUAACAUGUCGUUCGACGAGAAAUUCCAGUUUGUUUCAUCUCGAAGAGAGAAGAGCGAUGCAGACUCAACUACCUCUGCUAAUGGCGACAAUUCCUCAUUCAACGGAGUUGGUUCUGUUGGUAAAGAUACCGUCGAUGAGGUGUGUGUUGACUAUAGUGAGGAUGCACACAUCACUUGCCAGUUGUGUGGAUUGUUCAAGAAAGGGAGAUAAGCGAAGACCGUUAGCGAAUUGCUUCACAUACAAAAAGCUGGGUCGUGCUUUACUUAAGCGUAUAUACUGUAUGCGUAUGGAGCGGUUAUGAACAUUGGGACGUUACGGCUAUUUAAUGAAACAAAAGGAUUACGAUAAACCCUUGAAUAGAUCUUGUACUGGCAAUCGUCAUCUGUUAUUUGAAUGAACUCUAUUCCUAUUACCUUGCUAGAGAAAAGGUAGGAUCCAUUCUUAUUACAAACAUGUUUUUGUUUGGCGGGAAAUGGGCAAAGUCGCAAGGCUUACCAAAACUUCAUUCAAACUCUUGUGGUAUCCCUGAAAAACUGUUGAUACGAUAUUAACCUUUAAUUAUAUAGUAGUCUUUAAAGUUCGCCCUCCAAUUACGUGUAAACUUUGUCGGAGACUCAGAGUCAAGCCUGAGAUUUUGUUUCAUGCUAACUUUACACAUCUUAACGGACUUCAAACUCAGAAACAAACCAAAUGGAUUGAAAUCCUCUAAUCACAAUACAGUCGUUUUCCAAAGAUUUUUGACAAUUAACUGGUUUCGCGGGAGAUUUGACUCUGGAUUGA